UGAGGGUGGGAGGAGGGAGUGAUGGGUGGAGACAGCAGCCCAGGAGGGUGCAAGGAAGUAUCUUAGCUGAGGCUGGAGAGAGUGGGGGGAAGUCUGCAGGGACAGACAUCCUCCAGGGUCCAGAAUCCAGAGCAGCUCCUUCUGCCUGCCGGGAAGGGCUCUGAGCAUUGCUGCCCUUCUUGGCCACUGAGGCUCAAGCCACAAGCCCAGGGUGUUUGCUGUUGGUGACAGAGCCACCAAGCUGGUAGCUCUGGGACUCCCUGCCCAUCUUCUUCUCCACUCCCCGGCAUGGAGGAAGGUGGAGAUUUCGACAACUAUUAUGGGGCAGACAACCAGUCUGAGUGUGAGUACACGGACUGGAAGUCUUCGGGGGCGCUCAUCCCCGCCAUCUACAUGCUGGUCUUCCUCCUGGGCACCACGGGCAAUGGCCUGGUGCUCUGGACGGUGUUUCGGAGCAGCCGGGAGAAGAGGCGCUCAGCUGACAUCUUCAUCGCCAGCCUGGCCGUGGCCGACCUGACCUUCGUGGUGACCUUGCCACUGUGGGCCACCUACACGUACCGGGAGUAUGACUGGCCCUUUGGGACCUUCUCCUGCAAGCUCAGCAGCUACCUCAUCUUUGUCAACAUGUAUGCCAGCGUCUUCUGUCUCACCGGCCUCAGCUUCGACCGCUACCUGGCCAUCGUGAGGCCAGUGGCCAAUGCCCGGCUGAGGCUGCGCGUCAGCGGAGCGGUGGCCACGGCCGUCCUGUGGGUGCUGGCCGCCCUCCUGGCUAUGCCCGUCAUGGUGUUCCGCUCCACCGGGGACUUGGAGAACAGCACCAAGGUGCAGUGCUACAUGGACUACUCCAUGGUGGCCACCUCGGGCUCCGAGUGGGCCUGGGAGGUGGGCCUGGGGGUGUCGUCCACCGCCGUGGGCUUCGUGGUGCCCUUCACCAUCAUGCUCACCUGCUACUUCUUCAUCGCCCAGACCAUUGCCGGCCACUUCCGUAAGGAGCGCAUCGAGGGCCUGCGGAAGCGCCGCCGGCUGCUCAGCAUCAUCGUGGUCCUGGUGGUGACCUUCGCCCUGUGCUGGAUGCCCUACCACCUGGUGAAGACGCUCUACAUGCUGGGCAGCCUGCUGCACUGGCCCUGCGACUUCGACCUCUUCCUCAUGAACGUCUUCCCCUACUGCACCUGCAUCAGCUACGUCAACAGCUGCCUCAAUCCCUUCCUCUACGCCUUCUUCGACCCUCGUUUCCGCCAGGCCUGCACCUCCAUGCUCUGCUGGGGCCGCAGCACAUGUGGGGCCAGCUCCCACAGCAGCAGCGGGGAGAAGUCCGCCAGCUACUCUUCGGGGCACAGCCAGGGUCCCAGCCCCAUUGUGGGGAAGGGUGGAGAGCAGACACAAGAGAAAUCCAUCCCCUACAGCCAGGAGACUCUUGUGGUCGACUAGGGCUGGAACCAGAGAGAAGCUUGGCUCCCCUGGCCUGUCCCAACCUCUGCUCUUGCUCUCUGCAAAUCAGGUAGCACCGCUGCACCUUCUCUUUGCACCUGCCCCCUGCCCUGACUCCAUCUUGAUCUCCUCUGCUUUCUUCAUUCUUUCUUAGACCUUUGGGAUUGAGCAGAAAGAGGCUUUGCUCUGCAGUCAGACCUGUGCUCUGCUACUUAGUACCUGUGAGAUGGCCUCGCCCAAGGCUCACUUUCCCCUCUGUAUCAAUGGAGGAAAGUCAUGCAGACCCUAAAACAUUGAUGUGUGAGAACGGAUCCAAACUGUGCUUCCUUCCACCCUUUUCUGAGAUCUUUGGCUUCUUUUCUCUCUCCUUCCUUUGAGUUUCCCUCUAACUCUGCAAGUUUUACUGUUAAUCCUCAUCUUCUAGCUGCAAGCUCUCUCCCCACAUGGACUCCCCCCUUCUCAGUCCUUCCUUCAUCCUCAUUUACUUCCGUCCUGCAGGGCUCCCAAGGGUUAAGGAUCCUGAAGCUUGCAGAGACUGACCCUGCCCAUGCCCUUACCCUGUUUUCUGAAAGCCAGCUAAGGAGUGGGCCGGACCUAUGAUGAGCUGUGUGUCAGCAAAGAAUUAACGCUCCAGUCGCCGGGGCCAGGAGCUCCGGGAUGUUUCCCAAAACUGGAUCAGUUCUCUGUCAUUUCAGGCACCAGGGCCACCGUGAUCCAUGCAGAGAGCUUCCCUUCUUGCAGAGUCUCUGUGAUACCGACCACAGAUCCCCUAGAUCCUUUCCUUCUUCCUCUGUAGUGGGUGAGAAUUGGACAGCAAUGGGCUGAUGAAGCUGCGGAGUUUUACUACUUGGUUUUAGCACAUGCAUGGGGAGCUGGGAGGGGAGAAUAGAGAAGAGGCGCUGAAGGGCUGUGUGUGUGUUGGUCUGUGUGCUGCUUGGCUUCCCCCUCCCCCAGUCCCCCUCCCUCCAGCCUCCUCUGGAACUGUGAACCGCAGGUCUCUCUCCCACCUCCCGCUCCCACCCCGUCAUCUCCCCGAUGUUUCUCCUGGGUGCUGGUGCCAAGAGUCACUUGGUUGGGGUGAGGAUGCUUGCUUUUUGUCUGUGUGAAUAUAUACAUGAAUACACAUAUCUCUAUAUGGAUGAACAUAACAUGGUGAAUGUUGUGGAUGAAUGAACUUGGAUGGAUCCCUGCUCCCUUCCCCUCUCCCCCACCACCAUGUCUCUGCUUGUCACACUGUACCCUUGAAGGAAGAAGAGACACAUGGAGGCAAUAUAGAAUAAAAGGUCAGUGGUCCCCUUCCCAAGGAGGGGGUGAGAGGCACAGGGUGGGCUUUGUCUCCCGUCACCAUCAGGACGGAAUCUCCUGGCUUCUGAGACUGAGUUGGGGGCUGGGGACAGUGAGUAGAGCAGUCAUAGAGGGGCUGGUGGCCUGGUAUCCAUAGGGACCUCAAGGACAAAAUUAAUCAUGGGGCCUUUUCGAGCUGGAAAUGGGGUGUGUGUAUUCCGGGCUUUGUUCUUGAAGGACUCUGGAAAUGAAGGACAAGAUGUGGACAGAGACGGGAAGAGCCCAGCUUGGUCAUCCCUGGGAUGGAGGUGGCUCUGGGAACAGAGGGGGAACAGACGGGCACUGGCUCCUCUCAGCUUAGUCUCCCCAGAACGUCAGACCAGAACGUCCCACAGAGGCGGAGCGCCACCCUCAAGGCAUCCAGUCAAGACUGGAGGAGGCUCUCGAAGGCCAGAGGGUGCCCCCGACUCUCCUGAGUGAACCGCAGGGACUUCCUGCCCGGCACUCAGGCCCCGUCUGGGACAGUGGCAGAGGAGGCUGCCUUCCCCCCCGCUCCCCUUCCGCAGAAUGCCUGUGCUCCUCGUUGACCUUGUCAGUCACCGCGUUCAUCAAAUAAAACUGUUUUGUGUAA